AUGGCUUGCACUUGUUUGGUUAGGCUGACGAAUGCCUCGGGUGUCACGGUCGAGGGUCCCAUGGAUAUCAACGAGUGGCCGAUCAUUGACCCUUUGCCCUCCUACGGUAGAGGAAGAGAUGCGGCUGGGGGUAGAUACAGUAAUCUCAUCAUGGGAUAUAACCUAACCGAUGUGGUCAUAACAGGGAAUAAUGGAACUAUCGAUGGACAAGGUGAAACCUGGUGGAAAAUGUUCCGUAACAAAGAACUCAAUUACACUCGUGGAUACCUCAUUGAAUUGAUGUACUGCAAACAAGUGCUGAUUUCCAACAUUACAUUGGUUAACUCUCCAUCGUGGAAUGUCCAUCCAGUGUACAGCAGCCACGUAAUCGUCUCAGGCAUCACAAUUCUUGCACCGGUCAACUCUCCCAACACUGAUGGGAUCGAUCCAGACUCAUCCUCCAAUGUCCGCAUUGAGGACUGCUACAUAGUCUCAGGCGAUGACUGCAUCGCCAUUAAAAGCGGUUGGGAUGAGUACGGGAUUGCAUUCAACAUGUCAAGCAAACACAUAGUGAUCAGACGGCUCACCUGCAUCUCCCCCACGAGCGCUGUCAUCGCCCUGGGAAGCGAGAUGUCGGGAGGAAUCCAAGAUGUCCGGGCCGAAGACAUCACGGCCAUCCACUCCGAAUCCGGCGUCAGGAUCAAGACGACCAUCGGAAGGGGAGCUUACGUGAAGGACAUAUUCGUGAGAAGAAUGAAUCUGCACACGAUGAAGUGGGUCUUCUGGAUGACGGGCACCUACGGGCAGCACCCGGACGACAAAUUUGAUCCGAAAGCCAUUCCGGUGGUGCAGAAUAUCAGUUACAGCAACGUGGUGGCCGAGAACGUGACCAUGGCCGCGAAGCUGGAGGGGAUUCCCGGCGCGCCCUUCACCGGAAUAUGCAUCUACAAUGUGACGGCGGAGGUGGUGAAGUCGAAGAAGCCGAUUUGGAACUGCACCGACGUGGAGGGCGUAUCGAGUCACGUGACGCCCACUCCCUGUGCGCAGAUUCCGGAAUAUCCAGAUCGUAUAACGCAUUGCCCCUUCCCUGAAGAUGAUCUACCUGUGAAUGGUGUUGGGCUAGAGGAGUGUGCUUAUCACAGAGCCAAGCCAUGA